AUGGACCGAAACAAUCACACUAAGACCACACGAUGGCUGGCCAUCCUUAUGCUCCUCGUCAUGCAAAUACUAAACGCAAACGCCGACGUAGUAACCGUCUGGACUACGGUAAAAGUGCCCGCACCAACACCAACAGCGCCCCUACAUCCAUCCUACACAUCCCCCGACGAGUUCAAGAACGUUAUGUUGAAAGUCACGAACGAGUACCGCGUCAACCACGACGCCAAUCCACUGAAAUGGAACGACACGCUGGCCGAUUAUUCGCGGGAGUGGGCAGAAGCCUGUGUCUGGAAACAUUCGAAAAGUAGCUACGGCGAGAACCUCGCAUUCGGAUACGAGAAUGUCUCCGCUGCUGUCAUUGCCUGGGGUAAUGAAGGCGAUAUGUAUAAUUUCGGCAAACCGACAGGCUUCACCGAGGAGACGGGGCAUUUCACUCAGUUGGUCUGGAAAUCGACUACGCAGGUUGGGUGUGCUGCUUUCAACUGUGGGUAUGCGAAGAACGACAAUUUCAAAAGAGAUAACGGGGUUGAAGUGCGAGAGGAUGUCUUCGAAGCAGUGGUGAUGGCGCCUCGUCCCAGCAGGGAUGAAACCGGGGGAGAUGGCUUGGAAGGGUUGAAGGUCGCGCGAAGUGAGCCGCGGGCUCAGGGGUGGUAUGUUGUUUGCGAGUAUACGCCUCCUGGAAAUGUUGUUGGUUCGCAGGAUUCCUACUUCAGGAAGAACGUCUUGCCAAAGAAGGCGCCUGUCGUUGACUCGUCCUCGUCUUCAACCAAGUCUUCUUCAUCCACGAGUUCUGAGUCUGCUUCCAUGUCUACGCCUGAGCCGUCGCCGAAUGCCGCGACAUCCACUACCAUCGGGAGUCAGAGUCAGCCCACAGGAGGUGCUAUGAGGUUUGCGUUGGACUCGACGUUGGGGAUGAUGUUGGUAGGCUUGGGAACUGUGGGGGUUGGAAGGGGGCUUUAUACUUGA